AUGGCCGUGGGGGGGGGAGCUCCCCGAAUCUCGGAGGUGCGGCCCUGGCUGAGCGGCGGCGGGGCCGGGGGAGGUAGCGCCGGGGGAGGCGGGGGCGCAGAGAGGGGGGGCGGGCUGAGAUGCUCCCGGAGACUCUGGGUCCUCCUGGGCUCUCUGGCGCUCGUCUUCCUCACCUCGCUCUUCUUUUCCGUCUCGCUCCGCGGGGGCGUCGGCUUCAACUACCUGGAGCCGCCCGGCUGGGAGGAGUCCCGGCGGGUGAAGCUGGUGCCGAGCUACGUGGGCACCCACCGGCUCUCGUCGCCCGACGCCCCGCAGCAGAAGACCUGCGCCUGCCCGCGCUGCGUCGGAGACCCCGGCGUCUCCGACUGGUUCGACGAGAACUACGACCCGGACAUCUCGCCGGUGUGGACCAGAGACAACAUCCAGCUGCCCUCGGAUGUCUACUACUGGUGGGUGAUGUUGCAGCCGCAGUUUAAACCCCACAGCAUUCAGCAGGUGCUGCUGAGGCUGUUUCAGGUGAUUCCUGGACGCUCCCCGUACGGCUCGUGGGAUCCGGGACGCUGCCUGCGCUGCGCCGUGGUGGGGAACUCUGGAAACCUGCGAGGGGCCGGGUACGGGGCGACCAUCGACGGACACAACUACAUCAUGAGGAUAAACCUGGCUCCCACCGUGGGCUAUGAGGAAGACGCCGGCAGCCACACCACACACCACUUCAUGUACCCGGAGAGCGCCAAGAACCUGGCGGCCAACGUCAGCUUCGUCCUGGUUCCCUUCAAAACGCUCGAUCUGCUCUGGAUCACCAGCGCCCUUUCCACCGGCCAGAUUCGAUUUACGUACGCUCCAGUGAAGCAGUUCCUGCGCGUGGAUAAAGACAAGGUCCAGAUCUUCAACCCGGCGUUUUUCAAGUACAUCCACGACCGCUGGACCAGACAUCACGGGCGCUACCCGUCCACCGGCAUGCUGGUGCUGUUCUUCGCUCUGCACGUCUGCGAUGAAGUGAACGUGUUUGGUUUCGGGGCUGACAGCCGCGGGAACUGGCACCACUACUGGGAGCAGAACCGCUACUCCGGCGAGUUCAGGAAGACCGGCGUCCACGAUGCUGAUUAUGAAGCCCAGAUCAUUCAGCGACUGGCUAAGGCCGGCAAAAUCACCGUAUUCCCCGGGAAAUAACCAGCACAUCACCCUUAUGUACCUGAGAUUUUACGCUAGAAAGCUGGUUUGGCAUCAGACACUAUAGCCGCUGCUUAGGGUGUGUUAGAUAUUCUUGCUUUCACUUGCACCAUAUCGGGUACUCAGUUGAAGCGAGCCAGAUAUGAAGGGGACAUGACAUGGCCACAGAUGCAACCUACGACGUGAAGUGAAAACUGAGAUUUCUUUUUUUUCUUCAACUGGUACCGAAAAGUGUCACGCCAGACAGAUCACCUGGAAAAAUCCCUGCCAAUCACAGCUCUGAUUGGACCACAUGCUGCAGAGCCACAGGAACCAGGAAAAAAACAAGAAGUGAAUCCAAAUUAACUUCUUUUCCCAGAGGGCUGAGCCAGCAGCAGGAGGUGAGUCACAGGUUGAACAGUAAAGUAAUUGCCUCCUGACACUCCUCACAGGUCAGACUUGCAGGAUUUGCCUGUAAUGGUCAGUGCUGAGUUUGACAGGGAAUCGGAUCCCUUUUCUGUCGUCAAGGACAAUUUCACUCAUGAGUGCUGGAAAAAAAAGUGGAGGCUGGACAGAGAGACACAAACACCGGCUCUGACCGACAGCCUCAUCAGCUACUCAUGCACACUGAACCGCAGAGAGAAAGAUUACAAACGCAGAUGUCCCUCUCAUGGACUGAAUGGAGUGCAGCUGAGCUGUGCUGGCCUGCUUAUGUCCUGGACGAGGAUCUCAUCCAGAUGCAUGAACAAUGGCAUCACCAGUUGUAACGGGUAGCAGCUUGUUGAGAAAUACACCACAGCUGCUACCAAAAAGGACACGGGAAGGAAGUGCUACGUCAGCGACCUAUGGAACUAUUGUUUCACAGAACAAAGAGCAUAGUUUUUAAGUGCAUCAUCAACUUAUGUGCCAGGGCUGCAUAGUGAGCUCAACAAGCAACAGGGACUGAGCUGGGAGCUGAAGGUCCCUUGGUAAGACACGAAAUAUGGCCACAAACCCACGGGACAAUGAGAAGCUGUCAUAAUCUGGGACAUUUUCAGCCUCUUCACAUUCAGAGCCAUUCUGAGUAGUUUUGCAACUCGUACAGAACUCCUCCAAAGUGUGUUCUGUCCCAGCUGGAGGGGCUUGGUCUCUCAAAUCAACUCCUACCCCUUUUCGUUGUUGGAACAGUGUAUAUGAGCUCUGUGUCGAAAGGCGAAGUUACAGUGACCUUGUCUGGCUGUGAUGGGUUGUAAAAGGGAUUAAGGUGAUCUCUUCGGUUGCUGGGGGUGCUAUAUCGUAUGACUUUCCUGUACCGCACCCACCCCUUGGGUCCCGGCCAGGCUGAGCAAGGCCUCGCCCUCUUGCAGCAGACUCAGCAGAAAGAGGAUCAAGACUUGUGCCUUAUGGCCAUUUUGACUCGCAGGAGGUUCAGAGCAGCCCUGGCGUAAGUGUCAGCCUGAUGUUUGAAUGCUCAGUCUAGCACCACCACAACCCAGCACGGUCCCAACUCUCCUCCAGGCAUGAGGUGAAAUGUUCUGGGAGAGUGUUGGUUUGACUGCCUCAGACCUUAAUGAGGCCAAAAGACUGUCUCCUGGGAUUUUGUGUUUGGACGGAGGUACUUUGGUUUCUGGACCGGAGUUAAAUCUUCACAUGGUCUGUCAGGGUUUAAUCUAAUUUGGGAGUGGAAGUUGAGAGUUAUGAGGAACUAGUCUGAUGAAACCAGCAUGAGAAAUGCGUCAUUUUGUGCUAGCAUUUUUAAUAAGGACAAAAAUAAAACGUGCACAGCUAGAAGAGGUUGGUUUAGUGCUUUUUGCUUGCAGCAAACUCAGUGUCUCUACACGAGCCGAGUCUGGUGCACCAGCUCAGCGGGGGGGGAAGCUCGAGACGAAAGGGACCUGUGGGUGUUACACUGCUCUGCCUUCCCUUUUUACAGCCCUAAAACUCCCAUCUGACCCUGGCUUUGUGGUAACUCAGCUUCAUCAACCUCUAGCCCUGACCCCUGCUCAGCCAAUUAAAAUUUCAGCCGAGCCCGGAAGGGGUGGAGCCACCAGACGCCUUAGACUCCGCCUCCUCGUCACAUAAACCACACGUCCUUUUCCGAUUGUGGUGGCAAACUAAUGGUAGAUGACUGUACCCCAUGUAGACUGCAGAUGUGACUGUUUAGUUUUAUACGCUGUUCUACGCCUUGAGUCUGCAACACUGCAGCUGGAUUUACACCUGCCGGCUCAGAUUAGAUUUUAUUCUACCCAUGUGACACCUAAAGGUUCUGGCCAUCAUUUGAUAUCGUCAAGUGAAACCCUAGUUACCCCAUUUAUAGCCACAUGUGGCCCCAGUGUCAGUGUUGGUCAUUGAAAACACUGUUACAUAGCACCAAAAGAAACCCAAACAUCAGUGGGAAAAGAAAAAACAAGCGAGGUAGGAAAAAAUAAUUUGAUUUGAGCUGAGGCUGUAAAUCCAUCCAGAGAUGAUGGACAGAGAUGUGUUCAACACAAAGCAGUGGGUGGCUGAUAAGAAAGAGCACUCCGGGUUCCUACACAGCUCUGGAAAUACAGAGAAGCAAACAAUCAAAAGUUUGAAAAUUUCCAGGUCUUUACAGGUGCAAUUAGAAGUUUUUUUUUUUUUUUUUUUUUUUUUUUUUUUUUUCCAGUCCCCUAGCACAAAAUGGCCGCACUGUACCUGCAGGAGGUUAAUCCAUAGCAAUGACUCAGCAACUACUGAUUGCACCAAGCUGCUGAGACUCCCAGCUUUCAAAAGUUUCUAAUACUCAGUGGGUGAGUGACAUUGCAAUUUUAAUCUCAGGCUAAAAAAAAAAAAAAAAAAAAAGACUAAGACAAAGCAGUAUUUCUGUCAGCUAUAGGUCACCUUGAGCUAUGCCUGGCACCUGUGAAUGUUUUAUCUCUCUGUGCUCACCAAGGUUGAUUAAAAGUCAUAGAUUAAUCAACGCCCCUUUAAAACUCUGGAAAAGCGCACAGAAAAUUGUGUACAAGUUAGAGGCUCUCACUAGCGCUUCACAGAUCGCUUGUCCCUACGGGUGUUUAAUUGUGCUAAUGGUUUAUUAGGUGUAGAAAAAAAAAAAAAAAAAAAAAUUGGUGGAAUAGUGUUGAAUUUUUUGAGUGGAAACUGCGUAGGACCCUUGAGUGCCAGCCACUGCAGCGGGAUUGUAAAUUAACUUUGUUCAUGUGAAAUAACAUCAGCAUAUCUCUGCGAGCUGAACGCACGUCGUUACCGGUCUUUUCUUGUUGUAACUAGGAGACUAUUGUUAAUUACUAAAGGCUAAAGAGUACAGGGAUAUAACUACGUAACAUUAUGAAGCUGUCCUUAUUAACAAUGUUUUACUUUGUGCUUCUACUUUAACCAUUCUUCUAUCUGACGAAGCAUCCUAAUGAAGGAUUGGGGCAGACACACACACACACGCACACAUACAUCAGUACAAAUGGUUGGCAGGGUGUUGUACUGCUCCCUACAGGCGAUGGGAAGAACUGUGCCUCCAAUGCUGAUACUAGUUCUGUUUGUUUGUGUAAAACUGUAACAUCUUUUGAUGAUAUUGUGUAACCACUCUCAUGUUAACACCACUGUUCUUUAUCUGCUUUGAGGUUUUCUGUCCUAUUUUGCACAUAACAGAUUUUAUAGGAUGCUUUAGCGUUGAGCUGGGAUAAGUCAGUGUGGCUGACUUCAGACAUAUUGUUUGUGUCGUCACGCACGCACACACACACACACACACACACACACACAUACGGGGGAAAAAAAAGAAAAAAAUGUUCAUGCUUUUGUGCCUUGUCCUGCUGCUGGACGUAUCUUUCCUACAGCUGCUCCAUCGAUAACACACACCUGCUACCUUUGCAUUUUUUUCAGUCCACACACACACACACACACACACACACACACACACACACACACACACACACACACACACACACACACACACACACACACACACACCUCUGCCUGGCUGAGAGCUGUGCCUUCUGAGCUGUACACACAAUUACACACCCACACACAAACACACACACACACACACACUCUGCCUUGUGCUCGGGGUACAGAUGCCUCCCGCUCUUCACUUCUUACUGCUUUGUGCACUGACGUUUUGUUGUUUUGUAAAGAGCGCUGUAAGCUAGAGGAGAGGAUGUAUAAACGUGUAAUGCAGUGUGACUCGCCAUGCAUUCUUAUUAGGCCAUUUGCCACUUUUUCAAACUAUAUAAAUAUAUAUUUUUAAAGGCCUUUCUGCUUUACUAGAUAGCAUCCAGUGAGGAACGGCAGAGGAAAGAUGGGAGAAAGAGAAGGUUGGAGUUCGUCAACUCCGGAUGGUGCAGGUAUUCGGGGACAGCCCAUCUGCUGCUGCAUUAAAAACCUGCCCCAGCUCCUCUGUGUGAGAUUUUGCACUACAGAGGGACUGCAGAAUAACAGCAGAAUAACAGAUGGAGAAGAUGACAAGGUGUCUAGAGGUUUAAACAUUUCAGUGUAACCCUGCUGUCAACGUGAAAAAACUUGGUUCAGUGUUUUUCCCGGAGUUGUCAGCCAACCUGGUCCCGUGUUAAAACUGUUUCCCAGGAUUCUCCUUCAAAAACCUGAUGCAUUCUGAAAAUACAGGUAUUUGUUUUAAUUACUGCAGUGUUUGUGGAGAUACAGAUCCGCAUCAGACAGUAAAAAGGCCUCACAACAUGACAUUUUUAGUUUGCAUGGGCAUUAUGGCAGCAAAAUAACACGAUGACCAAAUUCUCCAUCAGCCGGCAAUGGCUUUCACUGUCCCAACAGUUCUCAAGGUCCAGUGUUUCCUCGUAAACCAAGCCGAGACAUUGCCAGUUUUAUUUUUCCUGUGGUUUGCUUUCCUCUCUUAAACUAGAUUUAGAAUGAGACUGUGACUGCUGCUGCCUCACACUUUUAGAAAACAUUGUGAGCAGACAAUGAGAGAAGAGUUUUUUUUUCCACCUACAUGACACAGAUCAGUGAGUUUCCUGAGGCAUUCAUAACCCAAAAAACGUCUUUUCUCCUCUUGCCUGCCGUAACCACGCAACCUAUUCCAAUUCUUAAAAUAAGUGGCAGAAAUCAGCAGUUUACGGUCAUCUUUGUCUCUUCUUUGGCCAGGGAGUUUUCUCAGCACAGGAUUCAGUUCACUCGUUAUCAGAGACUGAAUGUGAGUCAACAUAUCACCACAUAAACUUUACUGCUUUUCUUUUUUUUUUUUUUUUUUUGUUAAGGAAAAUUGCUCCCUGAUCCUUUAAGUCCUUCAUGAUCAGAUGUGCAGCACGCAGAUUAAAAACUCUGAGUGCACAUCGUCGAGCAACAUGGAUCUUUUUCUAAAUAUGUCAUCUGUCCUGAAUUGAUGUGGCUUUCAGGCGACACAGACGCUGGCCUGGCAGAGGACAGGGUGUCCUGUAGAUGUUGACCAGGAGCCACGUGGUCCAUUUCUGCUCCAGUCAAGUUCCAUCGGCAGGGAUUUAAAAGCACGUUAGGGUGAAGGUGAAAGUCUUCAGCACAAGGUCGGCACUCCCAAAAACACCUCAGCACUAACAUUUUCGUUCCUCUUGGCUUCCAGUAGAAUCCAGAUGACUUUUCUUGCCAAGUGAAUCUCGCUCCGUCCUUUAGUUUGUCAUUUAUGCGUCGAGACAGACGCACCCAAAUUACUAUUUACUGUUUGUGCUUUUCUGGCAAAGUCAAAAGGCACAACCAUCCACUGGACAUUGCAUUCACUCGCAUUAAAAAAAGUGGAACAGUAACCUCAUUAAGUUAGAUUUUUAUGGACAGAAUGAAUGAAAUAAAUAUGUAAGUGACCAAAAUCUGCAAGUUCACCAGACAAGAAACCAGAACCAGAAGCAGUGAUCAUGAUACCGUGUGUGUUUGCCUCCUUGAUUCCCAAAAAUUUCACCCCUCAACUUACACAAGAUCAGAGAAUCUAAUCAAUUCAAUUUGGUUGGUUAACUAGGAAAGAAUAAAAAUUGAUGUCAUGUCUUCUAGUUGAGACAAGGCGCCUGAAAUAUGAAGAUGUCGAGCAGGUGAACGGCGCCUGCAGCAGGAUGAACGUUCAGAUUCCUGGUCUACAGAGAGUUUCCAUCACUUCAAGACACCGACGCGCUGCAGUGUGUCAGAAUGAGCCCCGCUCGUCUUUAACAAAACAGAUUUUUCUCCUACCGGUUCAUCAGUCAGUCUGUCUGGACAUAUCAGAGUGUCUCCAUGCGCGACGACACCACCACCCACACACACACCGCUGAAAUAGCACAUCAGUGUCCUGCUCUCAUCUACUUCCACUGUACAACAACCACUACUGCAGAAUAUUCAACUUAUCAAGUAGGAAGAAAGCUGUGUAGUUAAUAGUUCUGCCUGUAACGCUCGCGUACCGUUGGCUUUGGCCGACAUGAAGAAGACAGGAGAGAAAAACAAAGAGUGGGCAGGAGAAAACACCAGAUAAAAUGAUUAUUCAGCUGUGUUACUGUCACCAAGUCUGCAUCAAAACACACCAGCUGGAUGUGUGUCUGUCCACUCUCUGCUUCACCGUCUCACCGCUCAGUAGGUUUACCAUCGGGUCAAGGCAGCGCACUUGUAUUUACUACAUUGAAACUGUAUGAUACAUGAUCACACACCGUUUGUAUCUUGUUAUGCUAUUGUACAAAUAAAAGCUUCAUGCAACACGA